UUAACAUCCAUAAAGCAAUUCUUUUUAUCCAUCCUAGUCCGGUUUUAAUCAGGUUUGGUUCGUAUUUUUCGAAUUUUUCGAAUUUUUUUUCGUUGACCCCACCAAAAAAUAAAAAUCAACUCUCGUAGCCUCAAUUCGGGACAAAGUGGGGCGAAUAAAAUCCGGCGUUCUGGCCACGUCCCCUCCUCUUUUUCCCUUCCAACUGCAACGAACAAUUAUUUUUCAAUCCUCUCUUUUAUUUUGUAAAGACCAUUCACCUUGUUUUGUCUUCAUCAAAUAUCCCCUGGGCGGUAUCUUAGCAUCACUCGAUCCAUCACUACAUCUUUUCUACUCAGACAGCACCACCAAAGCCAAGCGCCUGCCAAAAUGUCCUCCCCUGCCAAGCUCACCCAUCCCAACGUUACUAACGGCUGGUUCAGCGAGUCUGGCGCCAUGUGGCCUGGACAGUCGAUGAACAUCGAGGUCAACCAGAUCCUGCACGUCGAGAAGUCCAAGUUCCAGGACGUGCUCAUCUUUGAGAGCAAGACCUACGGCAACGUGCUUGUCCUCGACGGUGUCAUCCAGGUGACCGAGCGCGAUGAGUUCAGCUACCAGGAGAUGAUCACCCACCCGGCACUCUUCUCGCACCCCAACCCCGAGCGCGUGCUGGUUAUCGGCGGCGGCGACGGCGGCGUCCUGCGUGAGGCCAUCAAGCACUCCCAGGUCAAGGAGGCCGUGCUGUGCGACAUUGAUGAGGCCGUCAUCCGCCUGUCCAAGGAGUAUCUUCCGGGCAUGGCCGUCAGCUACGAGGACCCCAAGGUCUCCGUGCACAUUGGCGACGGAUUCGACUUUUUGCAGAACAAGAAGAACUACUUUGAUGUCAUCAUCACUGACUCGUCGGAUCCCGUUGGCCCCGCCGAGAGCCUGUACCAGUCGCGUUACUACGAGCUGAUGCGCGAUGCUCUGCGUGAGGGCGGCAUCGUGUCGACCCAGGGUGAGUGCCAGUGGCUCCAUCUGCCCUUGAUCAAGAACGUCCUGACCUUUGCGCGCAAGCUGUUCCCCGUCGCUGAGUACGCGUACACCACUAUCCCGACCUACCCUUCGGGCCAGAUCGGCUUCAUCCUGUGCAGCAAGGACAAGGAGACCAACUUCAAGGAGCCACUGCGCCGCCUGUCGCCCGAGCAGGAGCUUAAGCAGUUCAAGUACUACAACUCGGAGAUCCACCGCGCUGCCUUUAUUCUGCCCAACUUCACUCGCCAGGCCCUUGCUGACAUCAACUAGACUUUUCUUUUUUAGGUUCUUAUCAGUAUUUUUUUGUUGAUCAAAAAUUUAAAUUUUUGUUCACUAUA